CCUGCUUCCGAGGCUCCGCGCUGAUUGGUUCGCCUCCGACACCAAGGGGAGGGCAUGGAAUGUUGGAGAGUUCGUGCGUUCCGAAGAUACUUUCUCUCCUGUAACUUUUAGUCCUCUUGUCUUCUCGCCGCUGAGGGCGCAGAGGUCGCGAUCCGAAGGAAAAGCAGCCAUUGACCGUGCAGCUGUAUUUGUAUCUACUCCGAAGUAAGCGCCGUUGACUUCAAUGGGUCCGGUUUCCAGCAGGGUCCAGUGGAGAGCCUAGAACUGCAGUUUCAGGGUACAAACGACCGCCUACUCCUCCCGGCUCCAGUGAGGGGCGUGGGGGAGGGGGGUCUUUGAACUCGCCUCUUGAGAUCCCAGGGACCGAGGGGGAUCGAAAGAGCGGCCGCCGCCGACUCGGUUUGGAGAGGAGCCAAGGAAGUCACAAGAAGUUCCCAUCAUCUGCAGUAAUUGUCUCUGGUGAGUGGGAGUGAAAGACCACACAUCUGGAAAGCUUCAAGGUGACUUCUCAACAUGGUAGACUAUCUGGCUAAUACUGAAAUUAACAGUCAACGGAUUGCUGCAGUGGAAAGCUGCUUUGGGACAUCAGGCCAGCCCUUAGCUGUGCCAGGAAGGGUCCUUUUGGGUGAAGGGAUUUUGACCAAAGAAUGCCGUAAGAAAGCCAAGCCGCGAAUUUUCUUCCUUUUCAAUGAUAUCCUUGUGUAUGGCAGCAUUGUGAUCAGCAAACGGAAGUACAGCUCCCAGCACAUCAUCCCUUUGGAUGAAGUCACUUUGGAGAUGCUGCCAGAUACCUUGCAAAUGAAGAACCGCUGGAUGAUCAAAACCUCCAAGAAGUCCUUUGUUGUUUCGGCAGCAUCACUGACUGAGCGUAAAGAGUGGGUCAGUCACCUGGAGGAAUGCAUUCGCCAUCUUUUGUCCAAAACGGGGCAGCAGCCCCCAACUGAAUAUGCAGCCCCCUGGAUUCCAGACAAGGCAACCGAUAUCUGCAUGCGUUGCACCCAUACCAAGUUCUCUGCUCUCAUCCGAAGACACCAUUGUCGAAAGUGUGGCUUUGUGGUAUGUGGAGACUGUUCUCGUCAGCGCUUUCUCAUGCCUCGGCUGUCCUCAAAGCCUUUGAGGGUUUGCAAUCUUUGCUACAAACAGCUGAUGGCCAAAAAGAACGAACCUGGAGAUGAGCCGAAGCCAGUUAAUUCUCCGCUGACUGGCUAUGAAGUUUCUAGUGGGGAUGAUAGUGACAGGUCUGAUGAAGACAAACUCGAACAGUGGCCUGCAGAGACAGAGUUUUACACCUCAGAUAUGAGCUGGUCAUCUUUCCACAGUUGAUUGCUCCCUGGACUUGUUCGUUUUAAAUGCUAUCAUAGUUUUAAAAAUGACAGAGAAUACACACAGGCUUUUAUGGACCAGUGAGAGAAAUAACUUUGUACUCCAUUCCAUGUGUUUUCUGUUCUAUAAAUAAGGGAGAAGAAAUGUCCUCAGGCUAAUAUGUAAACAUUUGCUUGUGUCCUCUAAGACUGAGUCAUUCUUCUUGGAGCUCAAAAUGGGAUUAAAAAUAUAUGUGGACCAUUUCUGAUAAUGUUGGUCCUCUAUAUUUAAUUUUGGAAGUAGUCAUCAUCUACACUCAUCAAAUUUUGAAUUUCAGUCUUGGGAAUUCAACUGAACUGUAUGUAAGAAUGUCCCCAAGUUGUGUCUACUGAAGAAAUCCAACUUUUAUAAAACCAAAGGACAAGGUCUGGGAAUCCAGAAAUCAAAACAAUAGCCUCCAGAAAGUCAUUUCAGUGUUGCAAAUUGAGGGUACUUUUAAUCAAGCACUAAAUGGAAGUUGUUUAAUGAAAUUCAUAACAGUAUUACAUUUCAAAAACUGAGCUGUUUAUUGAACUUUUUUGGAUCAGCUUGAGGUGGACAGGAAGAAUUAAAAACUGACAUUGCUUUGACUACUUACUUUUGAGUAAUAUAAAAACAAAAGAUUGGGGAUCUGGAUGUAGAUAUUUGGGGCCCUUUUCUAAGUUAUGUUCACAGAGCCCAUGAUAUUGUGGUUUGUUUAAUGAACGUUUCACUUAGUGUGUUAUCUGAAUCCAACCAGUAAACCACAUUAAGUAAACCAUAGCUUAGUGCAAUUUAGGAGUACAACUAGUGACUUGUUUGUGAUAAGCAGAGAAUGUUCAUGACUAAUGAUCUUUUAUCACAUGAAGGAGAUAUGUCUUAGAACACUAAAAAAGAAAAAAAAAGUUGGAUAAACAGAAACCUGACUGGUAGGCAGUAUUGAAUUAUAUUGAUGGGGAAGAGCCAGUUAUUUUUAAUAAGCAGAGUGUAUUCUAAAUUAUGCUUUUAACAUAUGCUACGUCCUGAUACAAUUGUACCUCUUUUAAUAGAGUUGUCUUUAAAAAAAACAUAUUCUCUACAUGCUGUAGAUAUGGACUUUAAUGCUAAGAGAUAGCCCACAGAUUAUAUUUGUAUUAGCUUGCUUCUAAAACCCUUAAUUCUGCUGAUCCUUUGAAAGCACUUUCGCCCUUUCCAAAUUGCAGAGAAAUAUCAGAUGUGGAUAACCAAAGUAGAAAUAGCUUUGACCAUCUAAGGUGAAGCUCAAAGGAAACAGAGACCUCAGAUUAGUUAACAAGUAUAGUGGGCACUCCAUAACCACUGGUUGUCACCAUCUUUCUCAUCUUUGGAGCACAUUUGGUCUCCUGGCUCUCUUGGCAACACCAGAGGGCAAAACUAUACUCCCCACUUUUUUGAAAAAGAGAAAGAGCAAGAGACUGCAAGCUGCAUAAAAGUGCCUGACUGAGCCUCCUCCCCCCACCUCCCCAGCCCCACAUAAGCACAGAAGUCCUGGUCCAUGCAAUCAUUCUGCAGUAUAACAAGAAUGAGUUAUAGCAAGCCAUGGGUUCACCCCUCUUUUGGUCUUUCUCCUCCCAUUAACCAUGGUUCAAGGUUAACAGCUCUUUGCCUCAUUUCAGAGAGUUUUGCAAGCUGCUGAUGAUCUAAAAGAGAGGUUACUGACCUUCCUCUGCAGCUAUAUUAAGAGGAGGGGGCAGGAGAUGAAGGCUUACUGCCGGAGUUCAAACAUUGCAUUAAGCCAUAACAUGAUUUGUCUCAUCUCAAUGUAAUACCAUGUGCAGCUGAGGUCAGCAAAGAAACCAGGAUCUGCUUUAGGACAUUAAGCCACAAUUUUUUGGCUUACUAAAUGCAAAUGUAGUAUAUUAUGAUGUAUAAAUGCAGAGCCCUUGGACAGAGUGACCGGGAUUCUUCAUGUACAAGACUGGUUCUAGGGUGUUUCGGGGUUGCCAAGCAUACCAUGUGUAAACAAAGAUGGCUUAUUGUGAUAUAGGAAUGUAACCAGGAGACUUCAUCUUAAUGUAAAAUCAUAGCACAGUAUUUUAUGCAAAUAUAGUCAUGCAGUGAGCUGAUUCACAUAUAACACUAAGCCAUAGUAUAGUUUGUUUCUUCGUUUUUUGGCUUGGGGUAAUACAUGAAAUAGUCGUGUUUCUGUUAAGGAACAUGGUUUCUGGAGCAAAUGGCUAGGUUUUGAAGGCAGGCUUGAACAUCUGGCUUUCUCUGUUUAGAAAUUAAGCAUUGCUUUUACCUCAUAGGCUUUGAGAAAUGUUAAAAACAUCUUUACAGCUUGCUUUUUUCCAGUUCUUGCUUCUUGGAAUACUUUUAAAAAUACAUUACCAUAUACGUCAGCACUUUACUGCUGGAAACCAUUAAAAAGCAACUCAUUUUAAAUUAAUAUUUUAAAUUAACUAGCAUAAGUCUUAAUGAUGCUAAUGAAUAACUUUGAUAUUAGUAGCAUCUUCUUUUUUGUACUCUUGAUAAUUUUUCCAUAGGGAGAGAAAAGUGGGGUUUUUUUUUUAAUCGUUUUGUUUUCCACCUCCCUAAUAAGUUUACAUUAAAUCCAUUUUCUUUUGUCACCCCCCCUUAAAAAUAAUUGAUUAAUUUCCUGUUAAAUAUCAUUGCAAUUUACAUGUUGGAACUCUGCAUGAAGUUGAUAUAUGUCUUGAUGGGAAGAAGACAGCCUGAAUUGGCCUCCCUCAAACUCUGUUUCCUUCAGAGAUCCAGCCUCUGUCACUCAUCUUCCUGUACCCCAAGUUCUCCUGCAGAUUCGUACAAGUGCCACAACUAUUCUUAGACACUCAGGGCUCCACAGCACAGAGGUCAGACACCCAGAUAUUGCAUUAACAAGCUCCUAGAUUCUAUGGUUAUGUUCAUACAACACCAUUGAUAUGCCCAAGAUAUUUGGGCCAUAUACAAAGCAGAUGGGUGAAGAUGAGUUAAGUUCCCAGACUGUGUGGCUGUGUUCACACCACACUGUAACUCUUUCACUGAAUUCAUCCAUUUCCUGGCAUUGCACAAUAUAAUUAAACCAAAACUUAAAUGGAUGGGCUAAGUCCACUCAGCACCUUAAACCACAGAAAACUAGCCAAGGCUAAAAUUAACCAAGCUUUAUACAUUAAGCAAAAGCAGAUGCUAAAUCUGUAAUCUGGUUCAGUAUGUUGUCUGAACACAUCUCUGAAAUUUCCCAGGUAAGUCUCGCUGAUGCAAGAGAUCAACUUGGCGAUGUGUUUCUUCAUCACAGGGGGCAGGACUAGACUGACUGGAGCAAGGGGCUGGGUACCAAACGGGAGUACCAGUUACUUCAAUCAUUUGCUGGAUUCUUCCUAUCUUAGACUGUGCUGUCCUGUUAGAUAAAGGACGCAGUUGCUCAGUGGAAUAAGUCAUGGUACAGUGGAAGAUGUACCAUGGAAGCUUCAUUUUCAAGGAACCGUAUGUAGAAGGAAACCAUUUGCUUCACUCUCAGUGAGCUUUUCCCCAGAUCCUGUCAAUUUCCUCCAGUGUCAUUUGCAAGGAAGGGAUACAAUCCCCCCACUGUCAUUACAAAGCAAGGAAGAUGAUGGGGUGUAGGAUACCUGUAGCAUAAGAACUGCUAACAGCAAGGAUUUAAUCCCCAGAUCACAUCCAGCAUCCUGACAGAACGGGAAUCAGUUUCUCAUAGCUGCUCCUUGCAUGCUCCAGUUCUCUAAACUAGCCUUUCCAGUCAGGUACCCUUCAAAUAUCUUGGACUUUACCAACAGAUUCCCUGGUAAGUGUUUCCAAAUCAUAAGGCGAGAACUCUAAACAAAGAUAAAUUAAAACAGACCAGCCUCCCUUUUUCUGAUGUUGAAAUAUGUUUUUUUCCAACUAAGUCUAUUGGGGGAAAAAAUGGAAUUUUAAUUAGGAACAGAAUAUCCUGUUCCAGUUGCAACAGUAUUUCCUAUGAACUCACCAAUAAAAGCUGGACUAAAAACA